UGAGGGGCAGGGCUGGGGCUCUCAGGCUUGCGGGGUGGUGUCGGGCGGGGAGUCGGAAUGUUUGUGCUUUGGGGACCUUCGCUCUGUCUGGGGCUUGCCCCGGCAGAGAAAGAGUCGAGCCCACGGAACCGGCCCGGAGAGCCUGCGGGGACGUGGUUUUCCCGUCGGGCGGAGCCCGAGGCCGGGCGCGGAGAUUUCCUAUGGACCCUUAACCGGUGGCCCUCUCAGAACCAGUAGGAGGGAUAAGUGGUGUUUAAAAAUCCAAGUUCUGGUACUACUGCUGUUAGUUUAAGGAUUUGCUGAUUGUCCCUGUCGAUUCCUAGAGUGCUUCCAAGGGACAGGGGAGUGGAUAGUGUCUUUGAUUCCUUUUUCACUUCCUGAAUUUAGCGUCAGAGACCCAGAUGGCCAAACUUAUUGCUGGAUCACCCUGAGCUUCCUUUGCAUUUAGUAUGACACUGUAAUUUAUAAUAUAUCUACGUUUUUUAAGGCUUUGGUUCUUGGUGGCUUUAGAUAGGACUUUCAGGUUCCUCCUUAGGGUUCUCAUAGUGUAUUGUUUAGGAAGUUAAAGCUCAAACCACAGUGUAUUACAGUUGUUUAUGUGUCCUCUCUCGGUAGUUUAUGUGCCUGGCCUACAUUUUACUCAUUUUGGAUUUCUUCCUUGUCCAGAGACGACCACAGUGCCUACCGUGGAAGAGACUCAUAAAUAUUGGGGGAAAAAAAAAAAAAGAGUUAACAGUUGGUGCCUUGCUGUCUCCAGCACAGCUCAACCUAAGACUUGAGAGAAGUCUCUGAGCUGGAGCAGCCAGCCCCCUAACAUGGGGACUACAUGGGGAUGUGCACAGCAAGGGCUCCAAAGAUAUUUGAGUUCUACACAGCUUCCUUCUUGGCUUUUGUUUGAGCCCAGUUGGCCCUGGCUAGGGUCCAAGAACAGAUUGAUGGAUCAAGCUGUUCUGUCAACCCUGAGGUCUCAUGAGGGAGAAGAACCUUGAUCCCUGCCCCAUGGGAGGCCCAGACAUGAUGGAAACACACCCAGAGCCUGGCAAACCCUCGGAAACAGUUGGAGUGCAAUGUGGGCAGCUGAGCCUUGAGUGAACUUGGGCUGUAGAAAUGGAGAGGAGUCUAUCAGGAAAGACUCCUUGGUAGAAGGUGGCAGUGACAUGGCUGUGCCCCAGGCUUCUCCACCGGGGCACCUCCAUGAGCCUGCCAGUGCCUUGAUGGAUCUCCAGCCUUGCCCUCGAAGCUUGGCUGAGAGCUUCCUGGAGGAGGAGCUGCGGCUCAAUGCUGAACUGAGCCAGCUACAGUUCUCAGAGCCCGUGGGCAUCAUCUACAAUCCUGUGGAGUACGCGUGGGAACCACACCGCAGCUAUGUGACCCGAUACUGCCAGGGCUCCAAGGAAGUGCUCUUCCUGGGCAUGAACCCCGGACCCUUUGGCAUGGCCCAGACUGGGGUGCCCUUUGGGGAAGUGAGUAUAGUCCGGGACUGGUUGGGCAUUGGGGGACCUGUGUUGACCCCACCCCAAGAGCACCCGAAGCGACCAGUGCUGGGACUGGAGUGCCCUCAGUCAGAGGUGAGCGGUGCCCGGUUCUGGGGCUUUUUCCGGAACCUCUGUGGACAGCCCGAGGUCUUCUUCCGUCGCUGUUUCGUCCACAAUCUGUGUCCUUUGCUCUUCUUGACUCCCAGUGGGCGCAACCUCACGCCUGCUGAGCUACCUGCCAGGCAGCGAGAACAGCUUCUUGGGGCCUGUGACGCGGCCCUCUGCCGACAGGUGCAGCUUCUGGGGGUGCGGCUGGUGGUGGGCGUGGGGCGGCUGGCGGAGCAGCGGGCACGGCGGGCUCUGGCAGGCCUGAUGCCUGAAGUGCAGGUGGAGGGGCUCCUGCACCCCUCACCUCGGAGCCCCCAGGCCAACAGGGGAUGGGAGGCAGCAGCCACGGAGAGACUGAAUGAGCUGGGGCUGCUGCCGCUGCUAACAAAGUGAGGGCCCCUGUGGCCCAGCACAGGAGGUUUUCCAGGCCCCCAGGUCAUCCCAGGGCGAGCAGAGGACUGUGUGCCCCCUGGACUGGAGCCACAGGCUCCUUCUGGGUUCCCCGGUUGCUGGGACCUGCCGUGGCAGUUUUGACACUACACCCUGCAUCCUUCACCUUCUUUGAGCAUUGCCACUGCAGUAACCAG